UGCAUGGUUGUCGACGCCGGGCGAACUGUUGACGCGCGAAGUGUCGGUCCAUGCGGGGUGGCGGCCGAGUGUCGUGCGCGAGUUUUUCCUCAUCGUUCGUUGACGCACCGCGCGGCGAUACGGAAAUGAAAUCGACGGCGUUAACCGUCCUCGUCGGUAUGCUGUUGACAAUUGGAACAGGCCAUACCUUGCUUUGGGGUUCUGAGACUAUGCGCUCUUUCGAGCGAUGCGAAAUUAUUCUAAAGGAAACCGAACAAGAGGACCUCGCCACAGUUGUGGACGAGAGGAAUUCCAGAUUGCAUACCACGUGGUUGUCUCAAGAAUGCGAAGUAUUUGCCGGUCCAGAGUACAUGAUCAGGAAAUAUACGUUCUUCAAGAACAGCACGUUUCUGUUAUUGCGUUAUCAUUACGGCGAUAUGUCGUGCAGUAUGCCUACGCACACCGUCAGGAUUCGAGGCUCGAUCAAAUUGCUGGGACCAUCUAACGUCGUUUCCGGUGCGACUGAGGCGAAGAUUCACGUGGAUGCUGUUUAUAUUACACCUUUAAAUCGACAGGUCGCUCAUAAAUUCGAACAGAGGAUGAAUUUGAGCUGCGGCCCUCAGCCGAGAUGGCGGCCUUACGUGCCUCAGCUGAUUUAUGAACAACCGCGGCAACAUUCAACGGCACAACUCUGGCAAGGUCCGGUCUACAACACUCUGCAGGCUCACACGCCGUGGAGGAAGCGUAUGGAUUGCUUGGACGCGUUCAGAAUAGAAUUCGCCGAGUUGAGAUUGCUGAGGGUGCAGCGAAGGUUGUUCUUACCGAGGAUUUCCAACGGCUCUUCUUAUCACGGGCCCCGCUUCGAGCUUCUCUUAGGUAGCCCUACGCCCAACGUGUCCUUCCGCAGGAUUUACAAAGCGACCUCGUUACAGCCUACAGUCCUGCUCGACGCCAACGGGACAAGCGAUUGCGCGAUAUGCGGCAGCGUAUUUCGGGCGACCGAGCUGAGCCCACCUCUUCUCCACGUGACGGCGGCCCUGCCCGCGCUGAUCGGCGGCUACUGGCUGAGCGAGAGAUGCGAGAGCUCCGAGGGUGGCGUCUGGUCCAAGAGACAAUUCCAGAUGUACUCGGAGGACAAACUGUGGACCGGUCGGUGGGACUACUACGAGGACCCUCACUGCUCGAUACUCCUCUACUCGAUCACCGCGGCUGGCAGUUACAUUCAGCGAAACGGGACGGAGCGUCGCUCCCAAGACAGGAAGUUAUCCGACUUCUUCCGGCUCCUCAACAACUCCGCGCGGUUCUUCUUCAAGAGGAGUGCGACCGACGUCCACCGGAGCUCCCCGAACCGUCCUCGAGGUGGUAACUUCAUCAGUGCCUCCUCGGAAAGCAAGGAGCGACUGCUGACACGCAUUUACACGAAGGAGAAGAAGAGGCCGAGGAAGAGGUCGCUGACCGACAACGUCGAUCGAUUUCUGCUGGGAGACCCAAGCAAGAGACCCGUCUGGAACGUGCCAUCCGGACCGACGGAGCUGGAUCUGCACAUCGUCGAGAGCAUCCUCAUCCCCGGCGACGCCGAGGACACGCCGCUCACCGGUUGGUCGAGAGACUGCGUCCCCCGGCUCGUCGAGGCGCCCUCGACCUUGGGGCUGCGCGCCAAGGUCACCGUCAGCUGGAACAGCCAAUAUAUCCUGCUGCUGGGCCUGCGGGACGAUCACGUGUGGGACCCGCCGCUCCGGCAAUGCGCGCAAAUCCCCUCGAACAACCCCGCGCUCAGGGCGCAUCUCAGGCGAAGCGUCAGCCUCCGCUUCGGACUUUCCUCCGCUGGGCCGGCGAGCCGCCUCUCUUCUCCCGUCUGGCUUCUCGCGUCGCAAUUCAUCCUGCUUUAUCGCACGCGAUGAUGAUAACCGGCGCCGCCACCGGAGAGCUCUCAGAUACCAGCGCGGGCGCAACGGGGGCCUUCGUCGGCGACGCACUGUGGAUCGAGCUUAAGGGGCUUAAAUGGAGGAGAGAAACUGACUCCUCGAAGUUAUCGCGCUUCUGUCCACAAGGUUUCUAGGUUAUUGCAAUAACUCCAGUUAUUCCGAGUAUCUCCGUCCGCUUCCUGGAAAUCUGUACGAGUCAGUUUUCAGAUUUCGUCCUUGUUUCUAAUAAAGGCUUCUCCUGAGUUACAGUACAUGUUUGAAAUAUACGAAAACGAGCUUAGAAUUGUACAACCUCCUUCUGAAUCGGAACGAUUAAUGGAGAAAAGUAUAUGUUGUCGAAUUUAUCACUAAGUUAAAGAAAAAGAUGUUUAAGAUCGUCGGCACUUUUAAUAACUGGACCAGGUGCGGUGAAUCUUUUAUUUUGUACUCGAAGAGCAGUCAGCUGCGGCUAAGUGCGGAUUUGCAAGAUUUAUACAAUUUUCUAA